CCAUCAUUUCAGACCAAAAUGGCGACUGUUUCUGGAAGCAGACGCCAAAACAUGACAAUCGAUGGCGUUUGGGAAGAUUUGUACAAUGGACUGCAGGCUGUGUAUCUGCGAGAAGUGAUGAAGUCUCAACGAUAUAUGGAGCUUUACACAAGCGUGUACGACUUCUGCACUGCCGUCUCGGUGAAUCCGUCCGCACCAGCCGGUGGCGUCGUAGGGCGACCGAGCAGAUCAAAUGCACGUUCGUCUCACAGAAACUACAACGCUGAAGAUGGAGCGGUGACAGGAACAGACUUUGUUGGUGUUGAAAUGUAUGCAAAACUAACAGCAUUUAUCGAAUCUUACGUCAGAGAUCGGCUUGAAGGUGCCCGAGAUUUGCUUGGUGAAGAUUUAUUACGUUAUUACACGACGCAAUGGUCGGAAUUCAGAUUUUCCUCCAAGGUUGUCGAUGGCAUUUUUUCCUACCUAAAUAGACAUUGGAUCAAACGGGAACUGGAUGAAGGAAACGGCAAUAUCUACAUGAUUUAUACGUUGGCGCUUGUGAUAUGGAAAAGAAUAUUGUUUAUGGAAAGCAAAGAACGGGUUACCGAUGCUGUGCUAGAUCUGAUCAGGCGCGAACGGAAUGGAGAGACUAUCCCUCGUAAGCUGAUCCGUGACGUCACUGAUUGUUAUGUUGAACUCGGAAUAGAAGAGGAUGAAACUCCGGACCAAGUACGCUCGGCUCAGCCAAAUCCUAAUGCGAAACUGAGGGUGUAUAUGGAUCAUUUUGAAGCAAAGUUUCUUCGAGAAACGGAAAAUUACUAUGCUAAUGAAGCUCAAGCUUUUCUAGAGAAUAAUCCACUCACGGAGUAUAUGAAAAAGGUUGAAAGAAGGCUUGAGGAUGAACGCGCUCGAUGUGAUAUGUACCUUCAUAUGGCUACACAAGAGCCUCUUUCGAAGCGUUGCGAGAAGGUAUUGAUUGAAGCGCAACUGGAACUUUUUCAAAGCGAGUUUGGCGCUCUACUUGAAGCAAACAAGGACGAUGAUCUUGCUAGGAUGUACAAGUUAUGCGAGCGAGUUGAAGAUGGUCUUAAUAAUCUGAGAUCUGCGCUUGAAAGUCACAUCACCAAGGAAGGUCUUGCAGCUAUUGCCAAAGUUGCAGACACGGCAUUCACGGAUGCGAAACUGUAUGUAACCACAAUCUUGACUGUACAUAAUCGUUACUCAUCACUGGUUGGCAGCGCUUUCCAAAAUGAAUCGGGAUUCAUUCAGGCACUUGAUAAGGCGGCUACUACUUUCAUCAAUAAAAACGCAGUAACAAGACGUUCUCAGCAACAACUGAGCAAAUCACCGGAACUAUUAGCCAAAUAUUGCGACCAGCUUCUUCGAAAAAGCAGUAAAAUGCCGGAAGAAAGUGAGUUGGAGGAUAUGCUGACCCAAGUUAUGGUUGUCUUUAAAUACAUUGAGGACAAAGAUGUAUUCUCAAAGUUCUACACCAAGAUGUUCAGUAAAAGAUUAAUAUCAGAAACAUCUGCAUCUGAAGAAGCUGAAGUGAGCCUGAUUAACAAGCUGAAGCAAAUGUGUGGUUUCGAAUACACUAAUCGAUUGUCGAAGAUGAUCAAUGACACCCAGAUUAGCAAAGAUUCUUGCGCAGAAUUUCGCGACUACUUGGCUAAUCAAAACGUUGAUCUUGGUAUCGAUUUCAAUAUGCUUAUUUUGAGUUCUGGAUCUUGGCCUGCUUUGCCAACUCUAAAAAUGCAUUUGCCUCAAAAGCUCAAUCUAGCUAUAGAACACUUUACUUCGUUUUACAACUCUAAGCAUAAUGGCAGAAAGCUGACAUGGGUUUUGUCUCAGUCACGAGGUGAAAUGUAUGCAUAUGGAUUUGGUAAGAAAUAUGUGUUUACGACAACAACAGCUCAAAUGGCUGUGCUCUUAUUGUUUAACGAUUCCGUUGAGUACACAGUUGGUUCACUGGUGACAUCAUUGGGUAUGGAUAAGAAGACGCUCUCACAAGUUCUCGCGUCCCUAGUCAAGAACGAUGUGCUGAAAAGUUCUGAGCCUCUUGAUAUCUCUAGCGAAGCCAAAGACGAGAUAUGCUUGUCUCUUAAUCAAACAUACUUCAAUAAAAAAGUGAAAGUUGAUCUAUCCAAGAUGGUCAUGAGAUCUGAUCCCAAGCAGGAAACUGAGCAUGUCCAGAAGAAUGUCGACGAGGACAGGAAGAGCGUGAUCAAUGCAUGCAUAGUUAGAAUCAUGAAGACUAGGAAGAGAAUCUCUCAUUCGCAGUUGAUGACCGAGGUUUUACAACAGUUAUCAGCACGCUUCAAGCCAAGCGUUGAAAUGGUGAAGCGCUGCAUUGGCCAGCUGAUCGAGAAAGAAUACAUGCGACGAGACGAUAACUCCCGCGAAAUGUACGAGUAUAUGGCAUAG